AUGACGCCGGCCCUGCCUGUCAUAACACUGACGCACGUGGACCUCCUUGGAGAAUCCCAGGGCGCCUUCAGAACAUCCAGGUCUCCCAACACGGCAGGGCCGGGCGGGGCGGCCGGGGCGAAGGCUGGCGGAGGAGCUACCGGCGCGGGAUGCGAGUUAGGAUCCGAGUUGGGAUUCGAGUCGGGGUCAGAUCGCGCCGGCGAGGGAGCCGUGGCGUCGUCUGGGCCGGCGCAGCUGGUGCUACUGCUGCUCGUGCUGCCGGCGGGCGCGGCGCGGGCCGGCCUCCACUUCCGCCCGGGCCGCGGCUGCUACCGGCCCCCGGGGGACCAGCUCACCCAGCUGGGGCGCAGGACAUAUCCCCGGCCUCACGAGUACCUGUCCCGAUCGGAUCUGCCCAAGAGCUGGGACUGGCGCAACGUGAAUGGGGUCAACUACGCCAGUGUCGCCAGGAACCAGCGCAUCCCCCAGUACUGUGGCUGCUACUGGGCCCACGGCAGCACCAGUGCCAUGGCGGACCGGAUCAACAUCAAGAGGAAGGGAGCGUGGCCCUCCGUACUGCUGUCCGUGCAGCACGUGAUCGACUGCGGCAAUGCUGGCUCGUGCGAGGGGGGCAAUGACCUGCCGGUGUGGGAGUACGCCCACCGGCACGGCACCCGAUGUAACAACUACCAGGCCAAGGACCAAGAGUGUGACAAGUUUAACCAGUGUGGAACAUGCACUGAAUUCGGAGAGUGCCACGUCAUCAAGAACUACACCCUCUGGAAAGUUGGCGACUACGGCUCCGUCUCCGGGAGGGAAAAGAUGAUGGCAGAAAUCUAUGCGAAGGGGCCCAUCAGCUGCGGUAUAAUGGCAACGGAGAAGAUGUCUAACUACACCGGCGGCAUCUAUGCUGAAUACCACAACAGGGCCUACAUAAACCACAUAGUCUCCGUGGCCGGCUGGGGUGUCAGCCAUGGGACGGAGUACUGGAUCGUCUGGAAUUCGUGGGGCGAACCAUGGGGUGAGCGGGGCUGGAUGCGCAUAGUGACCAGCGCCUACAGAGGUGGCAAGGGUGCCGACUACAACCUUGCCAUCGAGGAGAGCUGCACAUUUGGGGACCCCAUCGUUUAAGGCAGACGUCUCCAGAGGAGCGGCUCUUAAAGAGAUGAUCGCAUGAGCCGUAACCAGAGGGGAUCCCACCUUCACGGGCACUGGGGUGGUACUGCCGUGGUUUGAAGGAACUGGGGGGUUGGCAGUCACAUACGUGAUGGCCGGUGAAGGCCCUGGGCGCCCAGGAGGGACGGCCGCCGCGAUGCCGCACGGGCUGAACGCGUUCUGGGGUGGGGCGGGGAGUCGCGGCGGGGGGACGACCCAGCACCUGCACAGGACGGCUUCCUGCCGGGAGGACGGCAGCGCACCAUCUACCUGAAGAAGCGUGAGCCACCAGGCAGUGAAUGAUUUGACCUCAAUGAUUUGGCGACUGUGGUCUGUGAUGUAUUUAAGAGGUGGAACAUUUCAGGCUUGUCAUCACCAGUUCCUCUGUCACCCUGCAGUCAAUGGUGGGGCCGAGGGGGGAUGGCGAUCUCAAGUUGCCCAAGGGAUGAAUAAAAUGCACACUUCACAGCAGAA